GGGUGGGUGCCCAGCGUGCUGCUGCCGAGGCGGGGGAGCCACCGCGGGGGUGUCACCCCUGUGCUGUCCCCCCUCACCCCAGCCCAAGAGCAGCGGGUGGCCGGCGUGGAGCGCCGGGUUGGGUCGGAGCCGGGGACACGCGCGCGCGGACACGCGUGCACGGGGAUGCUGGCGCUGUCACUCAGCCGCAUCCCUCCCUCCCUCCCUCCCUCCCUCCCUCCCUCCCUCCCUCCCGCAGCAGCGGGCAUGGUGUGCUGCAGAGCCGCGGGUCAGCCGCCCGCAGCCUCCACUUCUCCACGCUGAGAUCCCCGAGGAGAAGAAAAUAAAAUUUAAAAAAAAUAAAAAAAUAAAAAAAAAGGGGAGGAAAAAAAGGCUUUUCAGGCUUUCCCACAGCACGGCGGCGUUGGAGCAGCUCCCGGGAUCAAACAGGGAUAAGGCCAGGGCGUGAUGGAGCUGCGGCGCGGGAGGAGGAUGCUGAAGGACCAGCUCCGCUCUCGCCUCCUCCUCCUCCUCCUCCUCGCCGUGGCCUGGCUCUGGCUGCCGGCCGAGGGGCGGCGGCCCCCCCGGCCUCCCCCGUGCCCCCCGAGCUGCUCCUGCACCCGGGACACGGCUUUCUGCGUGGACUCCAAGGCUGUGCCCAAGAACCUGCCCCCCGAGGUCAUCUCGCUGACGAUGGUGAACGCGGCCUUCACGGAGAUCCGGGAGGCGGCUUUCGCCCACAUCCCCUCCCUGCAGUUCCUCCUCCUCAACUCCAACAAGUUCACGCUGAUCGGGGACAACGCCUUCGCCGGGCUGUCGCACCUGCAGUACCUGUUCAUUGAGAACAACGACAUCCAGGCGCUCUCAAAAGCCACUUUCCGCGGGCUCAAGUCGCUGACACACCUGUCCUUGGCCAACAACAACCUGCAGACGCUGCCACGGGACCUCUUCAAGCCGCUGGACAUCCUGAGUGACCUGGACCUCCGUGGCAACACGCUGGCCUGUGACUGCAAGAUCAAGUGGCUGGUGGAGUGGCUGGAGAGCACCAACACCACGGUCCCCGCCGUCUUCUGCAGCAGCCCCGCGCAGUUCGAGGGACAGCGGAUCCGGGACCUGGCGCUCGGUGACUUCCAGUGCAUCACCACGGAUUUCGUGAUGCACCAGGUCCUGCCCUUCCAGGCGGUGUCAGCCGAGCCCUUCACCUACGCCAGCGAUCUGUACGUGGCGCUGGCGCAGCCCAGCGCCAGCAGCUGCUCCAUCCUCAAGUGGGACUACGUGGAGCGCAAACUCCGGGACUUCGACCGCAUCCCUGCUCACUCGGCCGUGCACUGCAAGCCCAUCGUGGCUCAGGAGCAGCUCUACGUGGUGGUGGCGCAGCUUUUCGGCGGCUCCUACAUCUACCGCUGGGACACGGCCGUGGACAAGUUCAUCAAGAUCCAGGACAUCGACAGCCAGAAGAUCCGCAAGCCCAACGACAUCGAGGCCUUCCAGAUCGAGGGCGACUGGUACUUCGUCAUCGCCGACAGCUCCAAGGCGGGCUCCACCAGCCUCUACCGCCUCAACCAGAAUGGGUUUUACUCCCACCAAGCCCUCCACGCCUGGCACCGCGACACGGACGUGGAGUACGUGGAGAACGACGGCAAACCGCGGCUGAUCAUCUCCAGCAGCUCGCAGGCGCCCGUCAUCUACCAGUGGAGCCGGGCUCAGAAGCAGUUCGUGCCGCAGGGCGAGGUGGGCGAGGUGCUGGACGUGCAGAUGGUCAAACACUUCAGGGCCAAGCGGGAGCAGUUCCUGUGCCUCAGCCGCUACAUCGGCGACUCCAAGGUGGUGCGCUGGGAGGGGCAGCGCUUCGUGGAGGUGCAGACGCUGCCGUCGCGGGGCUCCAUGGUGCUGCAGCCCUUCGCCGUGGGCCGCCGCCUGUACCUGGCGCUGGGCAGCGACUUCUCCUUCACCCACGUCUACCUGUGGGAGGAGGAGAAGCAGAAGUUCGCCAAGUUCCAGGAGCUGUCGGUGCAGGCGCCGCGGGCGUUCCGGGCGGUGCCGGCGGCCGACGUGCAGCUGCUGCUGGCUCCCAGCUUCAAGGCCAACACGCUGGUGUAUCGGCACGUGGUGGUGGACCUCAGCCUGUAGCCGGCACCCAAAAAAAGCCGCGUGCAUGUGCCCACCACCCCUUGCCCCCCACCCCCCCGUCCCAGCCCUCCACCUCCACCCAGCCCCACGGUGCCUCGGUUUCCCCCCGGUGUCGCCCUGUGGGGUGCAGAGAAGGAGGGUGGGACACGCCUUGCCCCGCUGAGCUGCACCCCUGGGGGGGUGGAGAGGGUUUUGGGGGGGGGUCUUUGUUCAGUUUGGGCCGUGGGAUGGGAGCUGGUGGGGAAGGAAAGGAGGGGGGACAGCAGUGGGGGUGUGGCAGGAGGGGUGGGGGGUUCCCGGGAUGCUGGGGGGAUUUGGGAUGCUCCAAAGGGGAUGGGAUGGGGUGGGGGUGCCCUGAGGAGGAUGGGGUGCUCCAAAGUGGAUGGGAUGCUGAGGAUGAUGAUGGGAUGCUCUGAGGUGGAUGGGGAUGGGAUGCUGAGGAUGAUGAUGGGAUGCUCCGAGGUAGAUGGGAUGCUCAGGAUGGUGAUGGGAUGCUCUGAGGUGGAUGGGGAUGGGAUGCUGAGGAUGAUGAGGAUGGGAUGCUCCAAGGCCAGUGGAAUGCUCCAAGGCGGAUGGAAAUGAGAUGCCCUGAGGAUGAUGGGGUUCUCCAGGAUGCUCCCAGAUGGAUGCAGAUGGGAUUUAGGGUGCCCCGAGGACAACGGGAUGCACAGGAUGCUGCGAGAUGGACGAAAAUGAGAUGCCCUGAGGGUGAUGGGAUGCUCCAGAAUGCUCUGAGGUGGAUGGAAACGGGAUGUGGGAUGCCCUGAGGACGAUGGGAUGCUCAGGAUGCUCCCAGGUGGAUGCAGACACGAUGCCCUGAGGACGAUGGGAUGCUCAGGAUGCUCCCAGGUGGAUCCAGACACGAUGCCCUGAGGAUGAUGGGGUGCUCAGGAUGCUCCCAGGUGGAUGAAAAUGAGAUGCCCUGAGGGCUCCACGCUCGAGGCCAGCAGCUCCCGUCCCUCUCCGUGCAUGCCCAGCAGCUCCCCGUGCCCAUGGCCGCGCUGCCAGCGGGGUGUCCGUGCCCACCAACCCCCCAAUAAACACACUGUGACCCCCAGCCCUGCCCGUGUGUCCUUCCAGCCCGCUC